AACUGACAAGAGUCCACAACUGAGGACAAGCUGCAGUAGACAGUCAAGCUGUUGCUGAGUUGCAAUUAUCGCUUAUUAAAAAUAAUGUCGGACUCAAUUAAAAACGUUGCGAUAUUUGGAGCUACGGGAAUGACCGGGCUGGCGACCCUACCACAAGCAGUGGCUGCAGGGUACAAUGUCACUGUGCUGGUGCGGGACCCUACCAAGCUGCCCGCUGACCACAAGGCAUCCAGGGUGGUAGUGGGAGACGUGCUGAACAAAGAUGACGUGAAGAAGACCAUGGAGGGCCAGGACGCCGUUAUCAUCAUCUUGGGCACAAGGAAUGACCUCAGUCCGACUACCAUGAUGUCUGAAGGUACCAAAAACAUUGUGGACGUCAUGAAGGCUCGUGGGAUCCGCAAAGUUAUUGGCUGCAUGUCAGCCUUCCUGCUGUGGGACCGCUCUAAAGUGCCUCCCCGUCUGGUUCCUGUGACGGAGGACCAUGACAGGAUGUACACAGUGCUGAAGACAUCUGGGCUGGACUACGUGGCCGUCAUGCCCCCUCACAUCGGUGGCGAUCUCCCCCAGACAGAGAACUACCAGACGGCAGAGAGUAUGCUAAGAGGAAGAGCCAUUUCUAAACAUGACCUCGGACAUUUCUUCGUCAAGUGUCUGUCCACCACAGAGUGGGACAGCAAGACAGCGGGACUGUGGGGAGAGUACAAAUAAUCCUAAACAACACAACGAUGCUGCCCUCUGGAUGAUGGAGGGGUUUAAAUCUCUUCCUGUCUUUGCUUUGCCUUCUUUUACUUCCAGGGAAACACACAGGAAAUAUUUGUUCAUUUAUAAAUGAAGGGAUAGUGUUUUCUUAGUUUUUCUUGUUUUGAUAUACCACUAAUAUUUUCUUUUUAUUAUUUUAUUUGAUGUUGUUAUAUUUUUAUACUAAUUUCAGUUUAACACAUAGGAGAUAUUUUAAGAGCCAAUCCUGAACUGCUGCUUUAGCUAUAAGCUGUUUACAUUGCUUUACAUCAAAUCUUUCUUUUAACAUCAACAAUCUUUUGGUAUUGCAGCUUUUAAAUUGAAUGUUUGUCAUGUGAUUCUUUCUGAUGCUCUUUAUACCAGUUGAAAAUAAAAAGACUUUGUUGUACAAAAA